GCCAAGAAAACCCAGAGAGACCUGGCGGCUGCCGGAGAAGGGGGAGCCGCGCGGCAGGCGGAGCGCCCCGUAUCCCGCCGAAACUUGGCGAAGUUUGUCCGGCGGCGCGAAGCAGGAGGCCCGCGGCGCCCAGCGGCCGCUUGCGAACGGCGCCCGGCGAGUAUGUGCGAGGAGCGGGCUGCUGGCCGCGCCCCCCCGGGUGGAGCGGGGCGGCUGUGAGCGGGGCGGCCCGCGCCCCCUGGGGCCCGAGCCGCAGCGCCCGAGCCGCCGCGGACCCCGUCCCGCCCGGCCCCGCGACGCGCCGCGGCGGGCUGCCCUCCGAGCUCCGCGGCCGGCGAUGGCACCGGGCGGGCUCUGACCGCCGCCCCGUCCAGGGCUUGCCGCCGCACCGGAGACUGCCGAGCAGCAUCGCGUCCGCAGAGAAGCGAGGACCCUCACACCCCGCGCAGCUCGCCUGCCGCCGGAUCCUGCCCUCGCCGUCGAGACUUCUCUGCGGUCCCGUCUGGACUCCGGUCGCCGUCUCCUGUGGGGUGUUCCGUGGAAGAGCCCUGGUCCGGACAUCGGCGGCGCGGAGAGAGGCUCCGAGGCCCAGGCGGUGAACGGAGGCCGUCCCGCCCGAGCCGCCCGCUGCAGCGCCCUGACGGGGAGGCGUCGCCGCCGCUCGGCAGCGCCCCGCGCCCCGAGCGGGGCCACCGGGUGCCGCCGCCCCGCACCCGCGGGAGUCGGUGCCGCCGUGCCUGGGCACCCGCCGAGAUUGCUUUUGGAGGAGCGGACCGCGGCGGGGGCGAGGAGGAGGAGGAGGCGGGAGACAAUCCCGGCGGAGGCGGCCGCCAGUGCGGGGCGGGCGGCGGCUCGCCGGGGCGGCGGGGGGACACCAUGUCCAAGCCGGUGGAUCACGUCAAGAGGCCGAUGAACGCCUUUAUGGUGUGGUCGCGGGCGCAGCGACGGAAGAUGGCCCAGGAGAACCCCAAGAUGCACAACUCGGAGAUCAGCAAGCGCCUGGGCGCCGAGUGGAAGCUGCUGACCGAGUCGGAGAAGCGGCCCUUCAUCGACGAGGCCAAGCGGCUGCGGGCCAUGCACAUGAAGGAGCACCCCGACUACAAGUACCGGCCGCGGCGGAAGCCCAAGACGCUGCUCAAGAAGGACAAGUUCGCCUUCCCCGUGCCCUACGGGCUGGGCGGCGUGGCGGACCACGAGCACCCUCACGGGCUGAAGGCGGGCGGGCUGCAUGCCGGAGCGGCCGGCGGGCUGGUGCCCGAGUCGCUCCUGGCCAACCCCGAGAAGGCGGCAGCCGCCGCCGCCGCUGCCGCCGCCCGCGUCUUCUUCCCCCAGUCGGCCGCCGCCGCUGCUGCCGCCGCCGCCGCGGCCGCCGCCAGCAGCCCCUACUCUCUGCUGGACCUGGGCUCCAAAAUGGCCGAGAUCUCAUCCUCCUCCUCUUCCUCGGGCUCCGGGUUGCCCUACGCCUCCUCGUUGGGCUACCCCGGCGCUGGCGGGGCGGGCGCCUUCCACGGGGCCGCCGCUGCCGCGGCCGCCGCCGCCGCCGCCGGGGGGCACACGCACUCGCACCCGUCGCCCGGUAACCCGGGCUACAUGAUCCCCUGCAACUGCAGCGCCUGGCCCGGCCCGGGGCUGCAGCCGCCCCUGGCCUACAUCCUCCUGCCGGGCAUGGGCAAGCCCCAGCUGGACCCUUAUCCCGCAGCCUACGCCGCGGCCCUAUGACCCGCGGCCGGAGGAUGCCCGCGCAGAGCUCCGGUGCCCGCUUGGAUGGCUGCUGGCACAUUCGUGCGGACGGGGAGCGGGGCGAGCCGCCGCCGGGGCCACGGAGGGUGACCGGGACAGGCGAUGGGGGAGCGCCGGGGCGGUGGCCGACCUGUUGCGUGUCCCCCGCCCGCUGUCUCGGGUAGAGCUUGUGUGUGUUGCAUGCGGUCUGUGCAGAUAGCCCAGCUGAAACAGAUGAGAAAAAAAAAAAAAAGAGGAAAGAAAAAA